AAUCCAAAACUUGUUGAUUCAGUAAAAAAGAUUUAUUUUUUAAAUCAAAUUCUGUGAAAGGAAAAACCCACAGCAGCUGCAGUGAAACUGAAACUUGAAAGCGGCCCCAUUAUUUUCUCUUCCUUGUUUCUUCUCCUUCUUCUUCUUCAGCUUUAUAUGUUCUGGAAAAUCUGAUUUCAUAAAGGAGGUUUGCUUUUAAGUUUCAGAUUUGGGUUUUACUGAGAACAUUUUAAGAAAUUUUGGUGUCCAGACUUAAAAGAAAGAGCAAAGCAACCCAUUUUUUACUUCAUUUUCUUUCCAGUAUUAUUUGUAUUUUCUUUGUUUGUACAACUACUGCUUCUCUACUCUUUUUUCUAUUUGGGUAUAAAAUAAUAUAAAUUUUCUAGAGGAAACCCAAGAAAGAAGGUUAAACAAUGAAGCAAUCUCUCCCAACUGUUGUCUUCUCUGUAAGUCUCUGGUUUCUGUCGUAGAAAAUGGUUAAAAUAAUGAAAUGAGGAUGAGAUCUACGGCGUCAUUUAUCAAUUUUUUUAUUUGAAUGUUUGCUAUAGCCAUUGCUAGGGUUUUGUCUUCUGUUUCGUUUCCGCCAUGACCACCAAGCGCGCUUACAAGCUACAGGAAUUUGUCGCACACUCUUCAAGUGUGAAUUGCCUAAAGAUUGGAAGGAAAUCUUCGAGGGUUCUUGUGACUGGUGGGGAAGAUCACAAGGUUAAUCUUUGGGCUAUUGGUAAACCCAACGCCAUACUGAGUUUAUCCGGACAUACUAGUGGGAUAGAUUCCGUGAGCUUUGAUUCUUUAGAAGUCUUGGUAGCUGCAGGUGCUGCAAGUGGUACCAUCAAACUUUGGGAUUUGGAGGAGGCAAAAAUUGUUCGGACUCUGACUGGUCAUAGAUCCAAUUGCAUCUCUGUGGAUUUCCACCCCUUUGGUGAGUUCUUUGCAUCUGGUUCUCUUGAUACGAAUCUCAAGAUAUGGGAUAUCAGAAAGAAAGGGUGUAUCCACACUUACAAGGGCCAUACACGAGGAGUCAAUACAAUCAGGUUUACACCAGAUGGCCGAUGGGUUGUAUCUGGUGGUGAGGACAACAUUGUGAAGGUGUGGGAUUUGACUGCCGGAAAACUAUUACACGAUUUCAAGUAUCAUGAAGGCCAAAUUCAGUGCUUAGAUUUCCAUCCCCAUGAGUUUCUAUUGGCUACAGGUUCAGCUGAUCGGACUGUUAAAUUUUGGGACCUUGAAACCUUUGAACUUAUUGGUUCAGCUGGGCCUGAGACCACUGGAGUCCGUUGCUUGACCUUCAGUCCUGAUGGGAGGACUGUACUGUGUGGGUUGCAUGAAAGUCUGAAGGUUUUCUCGUGGGAACCAAUAAGAUGUCAUGAUGGUGUGGAUGUGGGAUGGUCUAAAUUGUCAGAUCUUAAUAUUCAUGAAGGAAAACUUCUUGGCUGCUCAUAUAAUCAAAGCUGUGUUGGAGUAUGGGUUGUAGAUAUCUCGCGUAUAGAGCCAUAUGCUGUUGGUAAUGCAAAUCGUGUGAAUGGUCACUCUGAUCCCAAAUCUAGUUCAGGUGGAAACCUCUCCGUACUGAAUGAGAACGCAGCAAAACCUAGUAUGGGAAGAUUUUCUGUUUCACAAAAUCCUGAUCCUUUAGUGAAGGAAACAAAAUCCCUUGGAAGGUUGUCUGUUUCACAAAACUCAGAUCCUGCCAAGGAGUCCAAAACCCCAGGAAAUGCACCUGGUAUCCCUCAGAGGGUCAAUUUAAACACUGCUCCAAAGACUACUCAACCAAAUUCCAUAACUGUUCCUACUGUAGCAGCUCCAAAGAGGAGUUCUACGAAGGCUAGUUUGGCCAUCAGUGUUCCAAUUUUCAACAAGUCAGAUGUCAUACCUGUGAUUGUGCCUAGAAAUGAUGCUAGGUUGGAUCAGGCUGCUGAAUCAAGAAAAGAAGUUGGAAUAUCUGGGAGAAGUGUGGAGCAGGCUGCUGAUUCAAGAAACGAAGUUGGAAUAACUGGGAGAAAUUUAGAGCCAAGUCAACUUACUGCUGAAUCUAGAAAAGAAGUUGGAAUAGCUGGGAAGAGUUUAGAGCCAAGCCAACCGGCUGCUGAAUCUAGAAAAGAAGCUGGAAUAGUCGGGAGAACUUUGGAGCAGGGAGCUGAUUCCAGGAAAGAACUUGGUAUUGUUGGAAGAACCAUGCCAUUUUCUUUGCAGUCAAAGACAAAUAGUUUUCGGAAGUUUCAAAAUUUCAAGGAAGACAUGGACCAGCCAGCUAUCUCUGCUGCCUCUGAAACUACAGUUUCUAAGGCUUCUGAAUUCAACAGUGUGCUGGACAGGAGUAUUUUUUCUGCUGUAAGAGGCCCUAUUCAAGGAAUGUCUGCUGCUGAAAGGAAUAUGAGGGAAGAUAGGUGCAUUGGCUCUUGCAAGAGUGAACCAAACUCAACAGCAGAGUUGCCUUCAAGCUACCGGGAUGAAAAUCAUGAUGCACAUGUGCAAAAAACACAUAGAGAUACAUAUCCUUUAGAAAGCCUAAAAGGAGGAAGAACACGUCCAGUAGUCUUAAAUUGGGAGAAAAGAGGGAGAUCUUCUAAUUAUGAUGGACCUAUUAUGAGUGUCUCUCCGAAGAAUGCAUCAAUGGCAAACAUGCCUUCUGUCAAUUUGUAUAAACAAAGAGGAUACCCUGCAUCUGUGGAAAAAGAAAUGCCUUCUGCCAGUGAUGGGGAUGCUGUUGCAGAUCUAAUGGAGCAACAUGAUCAAUUCAUUAGUUCCAUGCAAUCUCGUUUAGCUAAAUUACAGGCUGUUCAUCGGUAUUGGGAAAGAAAAGACAUAAAGGGGGCAAUUGGUGCAAUUGAAAAGAUGGCUGAUCAUGCUGUGCUUGCUGAUGUGAUGAGCAUUGUCAUUGAGAAAAUGGACAUCGUCACAUUGGACAUUUGCACUUGUCUUCUGCCACUUCUGUCUGGUCUCCUUGGUAGUGAUAUGGAUAGGCAUUUGAGCAUCUGUCUGGACAUGCUGCUUAAGCUGGUCAGGGUAUUUGGUUCCAUGAUAUAUUCAACCAUAUCUGCUUCUACACCUGUUGGUGUAGACAUCGAGGCAGAACAAAGGUUUGAGCGUUGCAACCUCUGCUUUAUAGAACUAGAAAAAGUAAAACGCUGUCUGCCCACUCUUACCAGAAGAGGGGGAUCAGUUGCAAAAUCUUCCCAGGAAUUGAACCUAGCACUUCAAGAAGUAUCAUGACUGAAAUCAACAUAUUGAAUACACGCACUAACUUAUUAUUUGCUUUCAACGGGAUCGAAUUCUGUAAGUUGCCUCGGAAAGCAUGAUUCGGCACGUACAUACUGGCCAAGUAGCAACCACUACUUCGAUGCAUAUAGUCUCAUCAAGUCCUGCUGCACCCUGUACAUGUUAAAUACCGGUCUAAGUAGAGACCUUUUAACUGGUAAGUAAAGCUGAUUCUACUCGCAUUGAUUGAUUUAAGUGGGAAGACUUGAAGGCUAAUUGUGCUUGAUUACUUUGCUGCUGGUUUCUGCAAAGUUUUUUUUUUUUUUUUCAAACUCAGUGAAUACCAUUGCCAACCACUGUAUCACAGAUUCUAACCCAAUAUGAUGAACAUCAAUUUGUACCUUAUGACUCACGUAUGUAAUAUAUAUUUAUAUUGUUAUGAAUAUACACGUGUCCAAAAGAUGGGACUGCAGAUAUUUGGGUUA